CGUCUCGUCUCGUCUCGUCUCGUCUUGACUUGACUUUUGGAUUCCGAAUUGAGAACUGGAUUUGGGGGUGAAGCUGACUGCCAAGUCUGUCUGACAUGACUUUCACUGCACAGCUUACACAGCUUACUUGAAACAAAACGAUGGGCGUGGCCGUGAUUUUGACAACCUGGUUUUGAUCAAGCCAAGCAAUUAGAUCAGUCAGUCAGUCUGCCACCAUGAGGGCCGCUUCUCUCGUGUGGGCCGCCGCGGCAUCGUGGUCUUCGGCGACGGCGGCGACGUGCUCGGGCCCCGUCGCGUCCAACCCGCCACCGCAACAGUGGUGGCGGGCCGUGGCCGACCACAACGGCACCACGCCACACAGCGCCGAUGCCACGUUCCAGCACUACCGCAACGUGGUGGCCUACGGCGCCGACGCCACCGGGGCCGAGGACUCGUCGCAGGCCUUUAACGACGCCGUGACCGCGUGGAACCGGACGGCCAACACGGUCACCACGCUGCCGGCGUACGUCUACGUGCCGCCCGGCCGCUACCGCAUCCGCAAGCCUAUCCAGCUGCUCGUCAACACCUUCCUGGUCGGCGACGCCCUGGACCCGCCGACGCUGCUCGCCGACCCGGCCCUCGACGCGAGCCCCGUCGUGCGCGGCUACGACGCCCACCAGGGCGAGGGCAGCGCCAACAAGAACUUCUACAUGGCCCUGCGCAACUUUGUCAUGGACACCACCGCCAUCGCCCCCGUCGUCUACGCCCGCGCCCUCGACUGGUCCGUCUCCCAGGGCUGCAGUCUGACCAACGUCCACGUCGUCAUGCCCCCGGCCUCGAACCACACGGGCAUCACCAUGGAGAACGGCGGCUCGGGCAACGUCAUUUCCGACUGCUCGUUCAAGGGCGGCGCCGUCGGCAUCGAGCUGUUCAACCAGCAGUACCUGCUCAAGGGCCUGACCUUUGACGGCUGCGCCACCGCCAUCUACGUCAAGACGGCGUACGUCGUCACCGUGCAGGGCUGCGCCUUCAGCAACUGCCUGUACGGCGUCGACAUGGCCCGCACCAACGGCACUGCCUCUGCCGCCGGCGACGGCGUCGUGGGCGCCGUGUCCGUCGUCGACUCGUCCGCCACCAACUGCGCCGCCGGCGUCAACGUGCUGGUCUCGGCCCAGAGCCAGGGCGGCGCCUCGCUCGUGCUCGACAACUUCGCCGUCAGCAACGCUACCGCCGUGAGGUCCUCGACGGGCUCCACGCUGCUUGCGGGCGCUGUGGCAGCGGGCCAGGCGUGGGUGAUGGGGAAUACUAACCCUGGCAACUACCAGUCAGGCCAGACCUACACCAUCAACCGGCCGGCCAGCCUCGUCACUAACGGCAAAUACUUCACGGCCCCCCUGCCGCAGUACGAAAAGUACGGCGCCGACCAGGUCGUCAACGUCAUGGCCGACGCGCAGUUCCGCAUCUACGGCGAUAACUCGCACGACGACGGCCCGGCCAUCAACGCCAUCCUAGCCAAGGCGGCGGCCGCCUGCCACAUCGUCUUCUUCCCGCAGGGCAUCUACCGGACCAACUCGACCAUUGAAGUACCGGCGGGCAGCCGGCUGGUGGGCGACGUGCUGAGCGUCAUCUCGGGCGCGGGGGCCAACUUCAGCGACGGCGACAACCCGCGACCCAUAAUCCGCGUCGGCCAGCCCGGCGACCGCGGCGUGGCGCAGCUGACCGAUUUCUUGGUGACUGUGGCCGACGUGCUGCCCGGCGCGGUGGCCGUGCAGGUCAACAUGGCCGGCGCGACCCCGGGGGACGUCGGCCUGUGGAACUGCGUCGUGCGCGUCGGCGGGGCGCUCGACUCGCUGAUCGGCAGCACGGACAAGUGCGCGGGCCCGGACCCGGCCAGUUGCAAGGCCGCCUUCGCGCUGCUGCACGUGGCCAAGACGGCGUCGGCGUAUUUCGAGGGCUUCUGGGGAUGGGUUGCUGACCACAACCUCGACGACCCGUCAACAGCCCAAAACAUCGCCGUCGGCCGGGGGGUCCUCGUCGAGAGCUCGCCGGGGCCCGUAUGGCUAGUCGGAACAUCAUUCGAGCACACAACCCUCUACCAGUACGGAUUCCACAACAGCUCCAACGUGCUCGCGACGGGCCUGCAGACGGAGCCGCCCUACUGGCAGGGCGCCAACACGCCGCAACGCGCGCCGGCGCCCUUUUCCCCCUUUCCUUCGGUAUCGCCAUCGCCAUGGGCAGACGACCCGACGUUCGCCAACUGCGCCGCCCAAAACGCGCAGGACAACGCGCAGUGCUUCCGCGCGUGGGCGCUGCACGCAUUCAACACCUCCACAACCACCGUCCACGGCGCCGCCAUGUGGGCCUUCUUCAACGGCAUGGCCGACAACGGUUGGCGCGACGCCGCGUGCGCCGCCACCGCAGGUGUGUGCCAGCUCAACGCGGCGUACGUCGGCGGUUUGGGGAGUAAGGACCUGUACUGGUUCUCGCUCGCCACCAAGGCCACUGCCAAUGUCGUGUACGAUGAUGCCGGUGCUGGCGGUGGAGCGGGCGUGGCGACGGCGCAGGACGCGAACCGCGGCGCCUGGGGCGGGCUGGUGGCCGCGUAUCUGCGCGAUGCUGCAGGUGCCGGCGCCGGCGUUGCGGGUGGAGGCGGUGGGGGGAGCGGAGGCGGUGGGAAGGAUGGGAAUGGUGCUGCGAGGAUGGGGACAGGGGGGAUGGGGAUGGGGAUGGUGAUCGGGUGGGUUCUAGCGUGCGGGCUGGCUGCGGUGGGGGGAGUGGUGUAGUGAGAGGUAAUGUACAUGUACAUCUAGAUAAAUGUAAUGAGUAAUGCAGCGAGUUGUCUUUGUGGCUGGCUGGCGGGCUCUUGU